AUUUCUUGAACUCUCUCCAACUCGAUUACCAUUCGUCUGCGUCUCUGUGCCCAUAUCGAGAUACUGUUGUGUACCCAACAUCUGUAAUACAUAAACUCUGUACGCUGUGCUUCUCUGUGUUCAUGGACUCUGGUUCGACUUCAUGCUGGUUUGUAAAUGAUUUCAUAACCUUUUACUUUAGCUGCUUCACACUUAGGUCACAAGGUGAAAUUUAGUUUGAUGCGCAUCUCUCUAGGGGGUUGAUUUCUGUUAAAGGCAGCAGGCUGGCUGUAAGCCGAUUUGAUCUUGCAGGUUUACAUGCACCUACUUUAUAUGGAUACCCCGCAAGAAAUUGUUGACGAAAAUUCUUUGUGGAGCCCUGUCACGGAGAAGUUAUUUGUAGAUAUUAUGGUUGAACAAGUAAGUCGGGGGAACAUGAAGAGUGGGGUAUUCCAUAACAAGAUUUGGAGCUCAAUAUUGGUGGAGAUGAAUACCAAGACUGCAAGGAAUUAUCAAAUGAAACAAAUUAAGGCUAAAUUUCAUCGGCUUAGGAUGAAGCACCGUGCUUUUUCUGAUCUACUCAACCAUACUGGGUUUGGCUGGGAUGCAGCUACUAAUACUGUCACUGCUGAUGAAGAAGUGUGGGAAAAUUAUUUGAAGAAAAAUCCAAUUGCUGGCCAAUUCAAGAAAAAAAGGUGUGAAAAUUAUGUCAACCUUGGCAUACUUUUUAACACAGGAACGGCCACUGGUGUUCUACAUCAUGCUUCGACCGUGAGUCCUCCGAACACUGAUGAUGAGAAGGAGUUGGAUGCUCAAUUUAGGCAAACAGGGGUGCACAUUAAUGUGGAUGUUGAGGAUGAUGAAGACCACAUCGAUGCUGGAAUAUUGGAACCCAAGACUCGCAGUGGUAAAAGAUUGGCCCCGUUGCCCACCAGAGGGUCGAAGAAGGAAUCGAAGAUGAGUGCCGUUAGUGAGGCACUCCACGCAUUCGUCAAUGUCCAAAAUGCAAAGGCGGAGAGGUUGAAGACUUCUAGUUGUGAUGCUACUAGUGCACAUGUUGAUGACUCCUUAGCUGUUUGUAUGCGGAUUCUCAAUGGCAUACAAUUCCCAGUUGAGUACCGUGUGAAGGCCAUGUCGAUGUUUAUUAGUCCAGAGUGGAGGAAGAUGUUCAUGGAGAUGUCGGAUGAGCUCAGGGAAGCUUGGCUUAUGAGCCUGUAGCAAAGGGAUGUUUGGAUGUGCUAUGGGGUCUGUUAUGCUGUUGGUUCUCCAACUUUGAUAAAGUUUGAUGUUUGAAUCAUUUAUCUUGACUGCCAUGCCAAUGUGUUUGGCUGCACUGUUAUGCAUUAGUUUAAUAUUCUAUUUUAUUGUAUGUUUUAUGAAGAA